UCUCUCCCAGUUGAGUUACAGCUCUCGCUCUUGCCGUCUCGUUGCUGUCCCGGAAGUUUAUUCGCCGUCGUAAUGUCCGAGACUGAAGUCGCCAAGGCCCCAGCCACCCCGAAGGCCAAGGGCCGCAAGCCUGCUGGUGUCAAGAAGGACAAGAAGCCCGCAAACCACCCCAAAUACACGGACAUGGUGAAGAAAGCCGUCGCUGCGCUCAAGGAACGGGGAGGAUCUUCCCGGCAAGCCAUCCACAAGUACAUCAUGGCUAACUUCGACGUCGGCAAGGACUCCAAGGUGGUCAACACUCACCUCAAGCUGGCUCUGAAGCGUGCCGUGGAGUCUGGUCUGCUGAAACACGCCAAGGGUACGGGAGCUUCCGGAUCUUUCCGUCUGGCUGACAAGACAAGUGGAUCAGCUGAGAAGAAGACGAAGGCGGCACCCGCCGCCAAGAAAGCAGCGAAGCCAAAGAAGGCAGCAUCCCCCAAGAAGAAGGCCGCUCCCAAGAAGGAAAAGAAGGCUGCUUCACCCAAGAAAGCCAGCAAGCCCAAGGUAGCGAAAGCAGCAAAGCCCAAGACCCCCAAGAAGGCAAAGAGCCCUAAGAAGCCCAAGGCAAAGAAGGCACCCACCAAGAAAACCGGAGCAAAGAAGUAAAUUCAUCGAUGUGAGUGUUAAUAUCGUACCAUUGGACAAGUCGUCGCAUCUGUUCUCAUCUUCUCAUGCCAUGCACAAAUUUGUGUGUGCGCCAUCUUUGUAUAUAACAUAGUCACCAUCAUUUCCAUGUGUAAAUAGACAGGUUGUUCCUUUGUAAAUAAAUGUGUUGGAUGUGUA